AUGCGACUUCUUCUUCUCAGCCAGCUGUUUCACUGGCUUUUGGCUUUGGCAGCAACGGCUUCUGCGUGGUCUUCUGUCGAUUACUCCCAGUAUGUAAAUGUUCUGAUGGGGUCAGAAGGCCCUUAUCCUGGCCAAGGCUACGGAGGAGGCGAUAUAUUCGUUGGAGGUGCGCGACCCUUUGGAAUGGCCAAAGUGGGAAUAGACACGACGGCCGCAAACUGGAGCAUUGCUGUGCUGAACGGCGGAUGGACUCCUGAUGGCAAUGUGACCGCAAUCAGCAUGAUGCAUGAAAGCGGUACAGGCGGUGCUCCGAAAUAUGGGAUCAUUCCGCAGAUGCCUCUGACAACUGUGUCGCCUCCUGUCAAUAUCCUGGAUAAUCUCACAUACAGUCAGCCCAGAGUCGGUCAGGAUACAGCCAGUGUAGGCUAUUUCAAGACCCAGCUGCAAAAUGGUGUUCAGGUAGAGCUUUCCGCUUCCAGUCACGCCGGGAUUGUUCAGUACUCGUUUCCUCAGGGUGAGAAGCAUGUGCUUGUGGAUGUAUCUCACUAUCUGCCCGGUUCUCCUGGAGACCCGAAUGGCCAAUUUUAUGUUGGCGGAGAGAUCACAAUUGAAGAGAACGGUAGAGCUUACAGCGGAUAUGGGACGUACGUUGGCGGAUGGAACAAUGGAGCGGCCUUCACAGUCUAUUUUUAUGGAGAAUUUUCCAUGAAGCCUACAAUGGCUCGAACCUUUACUGGAAAAAAUACAGAUCCCAUGCCACGAUACCAGAAUCUCGCCAAUGGCGCUAUGAGCGAGCCAACAUACGGGAACGUAUCGGAUAAGGCAACAUCAGGGCCUAUGAAUGACCGUGUUGGCGCUCUUUUCAGCUGGGACGAGAAUGCAAAUCCACAAAUCGUCUCGCGAAUUGGGAUCUCGUUUAUAUCGCCUGAGAGGGCUCAGUCGUAUAUUGAGUCCGAGAUCCCAUCGUGGACACUCAAUGACACCGUCAAAGCUGCCGUUGCUGAAUGGAAUCAGGAGGUCCUCAGCAAAGUCCAGGUGCCACUUGACAGUACUGCAAACAUCACCCACGUGCGGCUGCUCUACAGCUCCCUGUAUUUCAUGCAUUUGAUGCCUUCUAACCGGACUGGGGAGAACCCACUCUGGCAGUCGGGGGAGCCGUACUGGGACGACUUUUAUACUCUCUGCUUCCUGCCCGACGGGCGCUCGGGCAAUUGGAACGGACUGGUGCAAGGCGGCUCCAACGCUGACAAUGUCCUUGCCGAUGCGUACGUCAAAGGAUUGCGUGGCGCAAUCAAUUGGACAGACGGGUAUGCAGCGAUGAAGACGGACGCCGAAGUCAUCCCAUACAAUACAUGGGACCCUACCGAUCUAUCUGCGAGCACCAAGGAGGGUCGAGGGGCGUUGGGGGACUGGCUUGAACUGGGCUAUGUCUCUGAGGAUCGAAACACACGCUGCAUCUCGCGGACUGUCGAGUACAGUCUGAAUGACUUUGCCUUGAGCCAAGUAGCCAGCGGGGAGAUGCCCGGUGAUCGCGAAAAGUAUCUGAAGAGAUCAGCGGGAUGGCAGAAGAUAUGGAAUCCAGACGUUGAGAGCUUGAACUUCACUGGGUUUCUAGCCCCAAAGUUUUCGAACGGCGAGUUCAACAAUAGCGGAUACGACCCGCUUUACUGUUACGAGUGCGAAUGGCAUGCGUAUACUUAUGAAGCCGUACCAUGGGAGUACUCCUUCGUGAUUCCACAUGAUAUGGAGACUUUAAUCGAGUUCAUGGGCGGGCCAGACACUUUUGAAUCCCGGCUAGACACGAUGUUCAAACCCAAUCUGUCAGUUCAGAGCCUUGGGCCGAACGGCGCGGGCAUAUCGACACUCAUCAACAUUGGGAAUGAGCCUGAUUUUGCGACACCGUACCUCUACAACUAUAUCAACAAACAAGCGAAAAGCGUUCAGAUGUCCCGCCGCCUGGGAUUGCAGUACUUCAAGGACGCACCCUACGGAGUGCCAGGAAACAGCGAUGCAGGCGCCAUGAACUCAUGGCUCCUGUGGCAGAUGCUUGGCAUCUACCCAGUCGUCACGCAACCGGUCUACCUGAUCUCGUCGCCCUGGUUCCCCGAUCUGAACAUGACGAUCAACGGGAACCAGACAUUGAGAAUUACUGCGACGGGUUUAACUCAGGGCUUUUAUGUGCAAAGCGUCAAGAUCAACGGGCAAGCGUGGACAAAGAACUGGUUCGAGCACGAGGAUAUCAUGGCACAAGGCGGGACUAUUGAGUUUGAACUAGGUGCUGAGAUGAAGGACUGGGAGACUGGUAGCGUGCCACCGUCGCCUGGACAUGUCGGGGCAUAA